GGGAUUUUUCACUUUAUGGAUGUGUGUAUGUGUGUGUGUGUGUGUGUGUGUAAAGCAUGCCAUAGCCAAUGCAUACAGUUAAUAAAGGUGCUGGUGAUGUGAUCUAUGAAGUACAACACAAGUGGACUGAGCUUCUACAGUAGACUGAGCGUCUGACCAAAAAAGAAGUUAUGGCCGGGACCAGGACCUUCACAGAUAUGAGGAAUACAGUUCUUUCAGCUCAUAAAGGCACAGGGUCCAAGGAGAAGGUUGCGUUCUACAACUCCUGGGCUGAGAGCUAUGAAGAGGAUGUGGCCAUGUUGGAGUACCGUGCUCCUUUCUUAGCUGCAGAAUGCAUUGCUUCACACUUCACCAGAGAGAAAGAGAGAGCCGUUAUUCUGGAUGUGGCAUGUGGGACAGGGCUGGUCUCUCGAAAUUUAAAGAAAAUGGGAUUUUGCCACUUCGUGGGAGUGGACGGAAGCGAGAAAAUGUUAAGUCUGGCCAAGGAAACAGGCCUUUACCAGGAGCUUAAGCACUGCAUGCUGUGUGAGGAUCCCUUGCCUGUGCAAGAUGAGCUAUAUGAUGUUGUAGUGAUUGUGGGAGCUCUGAGUGAUGGAAAUGUGGCAGUGGAAAUCAUCAAGGAGCUCUGGCAUGCCACCAAGCCGGGUGGCUAUGUGUGCAUGACUACAAGAGGGAAUGUUGAUAAUCUGGAGUACAAAGCUGAGCUGGAACGUGUGAUUCAAGCGAUGGAGGAAGAAAAGAAAUGGAGUCGUGUCGCUGUCAGUGUGGUGGACGAGUGGGAGAAGGCUGUGUCCGAACACGAGUGUGGAUACAUUCCUGGAGUUGUUUAUCUCUAUCAGAAAGCUUUUUAAAUACAGACUGCUCUAAUAGUAUAUUUGUGCUAUAAUAGUUUUAGGAGCUGGGAGAAUCCAAAUACAAAAAAUAAUAUGAUUACUAUUGUAGUCCUAUUAUUUGGCCCAGAAUUCAUGAGGCGGCCUACUGUUUAACAGUUCAAAAAUUAGAUAGGAAGCAAAUUUUGUUUGUGCAUUCGUUGGUUUGAAAGGUCUCCUGUUAAGCUGUUGAGUAAUGUAUCCACAGUAACCAAGUACUACAGUGGUGAUCAAAAUAAUUAUUUUGUAUGAUGAACUUAAUAAUAAAUAAUUUUAUACCA